CAUGCGACCUCGCGAGAUUUCAAGUGAGUUUACUUGAGUAAAUGCCACGUCCUAACAAUAGCAUCAACGCAGACAAAGUAUUUGCGGUUUAUCAAACCUUUUGCACGCAGGACAGUGAGGUACCCAGCGGUCCAGCAGGCAUUGAUAUCUGACACAAUCCGGGGAUAAUAUGGGUUGUGUACGUCUGCUGGCACUGACACUGGCAGCAUCUGCAGUCCUCCUCCUAGUCUCCCAUUCAACCACUGCUCAUAGCCAUUCCCAUGGGGACCAUGGGCACGCCCACUCCCAUGGCCACUCCCACGGAGAAGACGACCACCAAGAAGAAGUGAAGAUGUUCCACGGAGCGAGCAAAUGGAGCGCCGAGGCCAACAUCCCUCUGCAAGAAGAGGAGCACCACGAUCACGGACACGAUCACGGACACGAUCACGGACACGAUCACGGACACGAUCACGGACACGAUCACGGACACGCUCACGGACACGCUCACGGACACGCUCACGGACACGCUCACGCUCACGGACACGCUCACGGAGAUCAGGAGGAUGUUUUUCGGGUUCACAAGGAGGAGAGUGGACAUGUGCAUUCACACGGCGGGGAGAGGGGGAAGAGGGAAGCAGAAGAAGAGAAGAGGGACACGGUGGAGCUCUGGACACAGGCUAUCGGAGCGACCCUGCUGAUCAGUGCGGCUCCUUUCCUCAUCCUGUUUCUGAUCCCAGUUCAGUCCAACAGCGACCAGCACCAGAACCUGCUCAAGGUGCUGCUCAGCUUCGCCUCUGGCGGACUGCUGGGUGACGCCUUCCUCCACCUCAUACCACACGCUUUGGAGCCCCACUCCCACCAUGGAGAAGAAGAUCAUGGACACUCGCACGCAAGUGAAGAGUCGCAUGACCACGGCCACUCCCACGGAGCUGCCCACGGUCACACGAUGUCAGUGGGUCUGUGGGUUCUCGGUGGGAUCAUCGCCUUCCUGGUUGUGGAGAAGUUUGUGCGGGCACUGAAGGGUGGCCACUCCCACAGUCACUCGCGUGAUGCUCCCAAGGAAAAGGACAGUGAUGGAGAAGAAGAAAAGGAAAAAAAGAAACAGGGGAAAGAAAGCAAAGGGAAGACGGUGCUGAAGAAAGAGGAGACGAAGAGCACAGACAUCAAGGUGUCAGGUUACCUGAACCUGGCAGCUGACUUCACACAUAAUUUUACCGACGGCCUGGCAAUCGGAGCGUCAUUCCUGGUUAGUCCUGCAGUUGGCGCCGUCACCACCCUCACCAUCCUGCUGCACGAGGUCCCACAUGAGAUCGGAGACUUUGCCAUCCUCGUCCAAUCUGGCUGCACCAAAAGAAAGGCCAUGUGUCUACAGCUGCUGACAGCUCUGGGAGCUCUGGCCGGCACAGCUUGCUCCCUAUUGGCUGAGGGAGUGGGCGCUGCGGCGACCGCCUGGAUCCUGCCGUUCACAGCCGGCGGGUUCGUUUACAUCGCCACAGUGACCGUGCUCCCAGAACUUCUGGCAGGCCGCUCCAGUUUUGGCCAGUCUCUAAUGGAGAUUCUGGCCCUGCUGUUCGGAGUCGGCAUGAUGGUGCUGAUCGCCGAGUACGAGUGAGACGCAGCAGAGUGGACGGGAGCAGAGAGACGGAGAGGGAAAAGGGUCAAAAACGGUUGAAAAAUAAAAUGCUGGUUUUAAGUAGAGUUCAAGUGGAUUAUAAUUUGUCAGGGGUGUGUUUUUCUUUUUUUUUUUAUUAAUUCAGUUUUGGGAUGACCACCACCGUCUGAUGGCGAAUGGAUGAUUUUUUUUGUCCGUUUUUUUUUUAGCAGUUCACAUCUCGAUUUGUGGUAAUGUUUCUUUUUCGGCUUGUUAAAGUCUGUUCAGCGGGAGACACACAGAGCUGGAAAGAAAGGACCUGAUGGAAAUGUUUGAGGACUGCUGUGUGGUUCAUUAAGGGCCUCCAUCAGGACAGGAAGUGAAAUCUUUUUGUCCGCCGGUCCCCGAUUCACUCACCGCUUUCGCCACACGCAUCGUUCCGCUCCACUUUCACUGCAGCAUAAACUGGCGGCAGGUUUCCUCCAAAAGUGGCUUGAAGUAGAUUCAUCUUCCAGCCAUAACACCAAAUGUUCAAUCCUUUUGCAAAUGGUUCAAAUCCACAUUUCCGAGUUGGGUCAGUGAAAGAGAAAGCAAUGAUCGGGCUCCGUUGUUCUCACUACAGUGACCUGCUCAGUUACAUGUGUCUGAUGUCUGUUUCAUUUGGAGAUUCUGAAUGUUAAUAUUUUUACAUUCCACAAAAUAAAAGUAAAUGUUGUGGCUUCUACAGAUGUACUCUCAAAUCAUUAAAAUCUUUAUGAAAAGAAAA